AUGCGAUUCCGUCAUGUGGUCCGUGGUCUACGCGCCGCUGCUAGGCCUCCUCUGGCUGCACUGCUCGCCGCUGCUCCUGUCCUUGACCUUACACCCCUCCCCAUCCCUCCCCACCCAUCCCCACCCCUCGCCACCCCUCGCCACCCCUCGCCACCCUCCCCUCCCCUCCAGUCCGUCAUGUGGUCGGUGGUCUACGCGCCGCUGCUAGGCCUCCUCUGGCUAAUUCUAGGCCUCGGGAUUCUUGGAUUCUCGCUGCUCACCCCGCUCUCCGGCUUUCCUUCCCCCCACUCCUCCCCCCCCCCCCCUCCCUCCCCUCCCCAGUCCGUCAUGUGGUCAGUGGUGUAUGCGCCGCUGCUCGGCCUCCUCUGGCUGAUUCUGGGUCUCGGGAUCCUCGGAUUCUCGCUGCUCACCUGCCUGUGCUGUCGCGACAAGUGGAGCGAGAUGAGGGACCCCGCAUACGCCAAGUACACCAAGAAGGACCUCUGGGUGCCGUUGGGCUUCAUGCUCCUCGGGAUUGUCACUGUGCUCGUCGGUUUCUCUGUGAUGCUUGCGGGGGGUGUGCAGAUGAGUAACCGAGUUCACAAGGUGACGGACUAUAUCACAGAGUCAGUCCAUUUCACGACCAGUGUGAUCUUCAACAUGACGAGCAUCCUGCAGCUCACCGCCACCAUCAACAUCACCAACACCGUCGUCCCACCUGCUAAGAAGGCGGACAUUCAGAGCAAGGCGGUAGUGGCAAACCAGACAGCCACGGAGCUGCAGGCCAAGACAGAGGAUGGCAUCACCAUCAUCAACAACACAUUGCGCGUAGUCACGCUCACCUUCUCAAUAAUCGGAUGUAUCAUCACUGCUCUUUGCAUCCUCGCCCUCAGUGCGUUCUUCUCUCCCUCCUCUCUUCCCUCCUCUCCUCUCUUCCCUCCCUCUCUUCCCUUCCUCCUCUCUUCCCUUCCUCCUCUCUUCCCUCCCUCCUCUCUUCCCUCCCUCCUCUCUUUAGCUUUUGAGUUCCCUUCCCUCCGUGCGUCUAGAACUCAACUCUUUACAUCUUCGCCCCUCAGUUCGUUCUUCCCUCCCUCCUCUCCUCCCUCUCUCCUCUCUUCCCUCCCCCUCUCUUCCCUUCCUCCAAUCUUCCCCUCCUGGUUAGCUUCUGAAGUGAACGGAGAUACCAGCGUUGCACUGGAGGAGGUGGAGCAGUCGCCCACCAUGAACAGCGCCAUGGACACCUACCUCCACUGCAUCCCCAGCGACCAGCUGCUGAAUGCCACUCGCUACGCGCGCUACACUGCCUCCACCGCGCUCACCACUGCCAACACUUCUGUCGCCACCAACACACCCGAAGGCAGUGGUGGUGGUGGUGGUGGUGGUGGUGGUGGUGGUGGUGGUGGUGGUGGUGGUGGUGGUGGUGGUGGUGGUGGUGGUGGUGGUGGUGGUGGUGGUGGUGGUGGUGGUGGUGGUGGUGGUGGUGGUGGUGGUGGUGGUGGUGGUGGUGGUGGUGGUGGUGGUGGUGGUGGUGGUUGUUGUAUUCACAUUGCCCCCUCCGAGGCUGCGCGCUACACCGCUCGCUUCCACCGCGCUCACCACGACCAACAUGGCUGUCGCCACCAACGUGCCCUAAUUGACUCUGCUCGCCACACCGCUGCCAUCGAGCUGCUCACCACGGCCAACACGGCUGUCGCCACCAACGCGCCUAAAGUCACUGCAGUGCUUGCAGCGCCUAGAGCCUUUGACCUGGUCAAUGCCACGGGUGGCAUCUGUGUGCCGUACGGCCCGCCGCCCGAUUACAUGCGCAACAUGAGCUACUGCGGUGACGGCACCGUCACCUUCCAGCAGCUGGUGGACGUGAGUGGGAUGGCUGUGCUGACGUGGCAUGCCCUAACAGCGGCGGCCAACAGCAGCGCAGUCGUGCCAGAGGGGCUAGCAGCAGCAGCCAACAGCAGCGCGGUAGUACCAAUGGCAGAUCAGAACGACCUCAUGGCUGCUGCCACAACGCUCGCGCUGCUCGAAUCCACCAUCCCCAACGUCCUCAUCCUGGUCAACUGCUCCUAUGUCGCCAACAUUGCUGCGCCUCCUAUGGAAGAGAACAAACUCCUCCUCCCCAGCGUCCUCAUCCUCGUUAACUUCUCUGCUCUUAUGUCCGCAGCCAACAUCGCUGCUGUUGUUGUGAGUGAACUCACGUGGACUCGUUUGAACUCACGUGGACUCGUUGGCACUCAUGUGGACUCGUUGGCACUCAUGUGGACUCGUUUGAACUCAUGUGGACUCGUUUGCACUCAUGUGGACUCGUUGGCACUCACGUGGACUCGUUGGCACUCAUGUGGACUCGUUUGCACUCAUGUGGACUCGUUGGCACUCAUGUGGACUCGUUUGCACUCAUGUGGACUCGUUGGCACUCAUGUGGACUCGUUGGCACUCAUGUGGACUCGUUUGCACUCACGUGGACUCGUUGGCACUCACGUGGACUCGUUGGCACUCAUGUGGACUCGUUGGCACUCAUGUGGACUCGUUGGCACUCAUGUGGACUCGUUGGCACUCAUGUGGACUCGUUUGCACUCACGUGGACUCGUUGGCACUCACGUGGACUCGUUGGCACUCAUGUGGACUCGUUUGCACUCAUGUGGACUCGUUUGCACUCAUGUGGACUCGUUUGCACUCAUGUGGACUCGUUUGCACUCACGUGGACUCGUUUGCACUCACGUGGACUCGUUUGCACUCAUGUGGACUCGUUUGCACUCAUGUGGACUCGUUUGCACUCAUGUGGACUCGUUUGAACUCAUGUGGACUCGUUUGCACUCACGUGGACUCGUUUGCACUCAUGUGGACUCGUUUGCACUCAUGUGGACUCGUUUGCACUCAUGUGGACUCGUUUGCACUCAUGUGGACUCGUUUGCACUCAUGUGGACUCGUUUGCACUCAUGUGGACUCGUUUGCACUCAUGUGGACUCGUUUGCACUCAUGUGGACUCGUUGGCACUCACGUGGACUCGUUGGCACUCAUGUGGACUCGUUUGAACUCAUGUGGACUCGUUUGCACUCAUGUGGACUCGUUUGCACUCAUGUGGACUCGUUUGAACUCAUGUGGACUCGUUUGCACUCAUGUGGACUCGUUUGCACUCAUGUGGACUCGUUUGCACUCAUGUGGACUCGUUUGAACUCAUGUGGACUCGUUUGCACUCAUGUGGACUCGUUUGCACUCAUGUGGACUUGUUUGCACUCAUGUGGACUCGUUUGCACUCAUGUGGACUCGUUUGCACUCAUGUGGACUCGUUGGCACUCAUGUGGACUCGUUUGCACUCACGUGGACUCGUUGGCACUCACGUGGACUCGUUGGCACUCAUGUGGACUCGUUUGCACACAUGUGGACUCGUUUGCACUCAUGUGGACUCGUUUGCACUCAUGUGGACUCGUUUGCACUCACGUGGACUCGUUUGCACUCACGUGGACUCGUUUGCACUCAUGUGGACUCGUUUGCACUCAUGUGGACUCGUUUGCACUCAUGUGGACUCGUUUGAACUCAUGUGGACUCGUUUGCACUCACGUGGACUCGUUUGCACUCAUGUGGACUCGUUUGCACUCAUGUGGACUCGUUUGA